AUGCUGAACCAAGUUACAUCUUGGAGUAAUUCAGAAUACUUGAAAUGGAUUUUAUUUUCCAGGCAAGGACAUUUGGACCGAUCUUUUACAUGUUCCACAAGAAGUGCAGCUUAUAAUCCAAGCUAUUAUUCAGAUAAUCCUUCCUCAGACAGUUUUCUUGGCUCAGGCGACUUAAGAACCUUUGGCCAGAGUGCAAAUGGCCAAUGGAGAAAUUCUACUCCAUCAUCAAGCUCAUCUUUACAGAAAUCAAGAAACAGCCGAAGUCUUUACCUCGAAACCCAAAAGACCUCAAGUGGAUUGUUAUCAAACAUUUUUGCGGGAAAGUCAAACCAUCACUGCCAUGUAUCUGCAUAUGAAAAAUCUUUCCCUAUUAAACCUGUUCCACGUCCGUCUUGGAGUGGUUCAUGUCUUCGAAGCCUUUUGAGCCCCAAGAAAACUCAGAGGCGACAUGUUAGUACAGCAGAAGAGACAGUUCAAGAGGAAGAAAGAGGGAUUUACAGACAGCUGCUACAGAUGGUCACAGGGAAACAGUUUUCUAUAGCCAAACCUACCACACCUUUUCCUUUACACCUGUCUCGAUGUCUUAGUUCCAGUAAAAAUACUUUGAAAGACUCACUAUUUAAAAAUGGAAACUCUUGUGCAUCUCAGAUCAUUGGCUCUGAUACUUCAUCAUCUGGAUCUGCCAGCAUUUUAACUAACCAGGAACAGCUGUCCCACAGUGUAUAUUCCCUCUCUUCUUAUACCCCAGAUGUUGUUGCAUUUGGAUCCAAAGAUUCUGAUACUCUUCAUCAACCCCAUCAUCACCACUCUGCUCCACAUCAGCCAGAUAACUUAGCAGCUUCAAAUACACAAUCUGAAGGAUCAGACUCUGUGAUUUUACUGAAAGUGAAAGAUUCCCAGACUCCAACUCCCAGUUCUACUUUCUUCCAGGCAGAGCUGUGGAUCAAAGAAUUAACUAGUGUUUAUGAUUCUCGAGCACGAGAAAGAUUGCGCCACGUUGAAGAACAGAAAGCAUUAGCCUUACAGUUUCAAAACCAGGAAAUGGAGAAAGAAAUAAAGAAUGUAUUUCGUAAUGGGAAUCAGGAUGAAGUUCUCAGUGAAGCAUUUCGCCUGACCAUUACACGCAAAGAUAUUCAAACUCUAAACCAUCUGAAUUGGCUCAAUGAUGAGAUCAUCAAUUUCUACAUGAAUAUGCUGAUGGAGCGAAGUAAAGAGAAGGGCUUGCCAAGUGUGCAUUUCUUCACUAAAUUAAAAAUGGCUAGUUAUCAGGCAGUGAAAUGUUGGACAAAGAAAGUAGAUGUAUUUUCUGUUGACAUUCUUUUGGUGCCUAUUCACCUGGGAGUGCACUGGUGUCUAGCUGUUGUGGACUUUAGAAAGAAGAAUAUUACUUAGUAUGACUCUAUGGGUGGGAUAAACAAUGAAGCCUGCAGAAUUCUCUUGCAAUACCUAAAGCAAGAAAGCAUUGACAAGAAAAGGAAAGAGUCUGACACCGAUGGCUGGCAGCUCUUCAGCAAGAAAAGCCAGGAAAUUCCACAGCAGACGAAUGGAAGUGACUGUGGGAUGUUUGCCUGCAAAUAUGCUAACUGUAUUACCAAAGACAGACCAAUCAACUUCACACAGCAACACAUGCCAUACUUCCCGAAGCAGAUGGUCUGGGAGAUCCUCCACCGAAAACUCUUGUGAAGACUGUCUCAGUUAGCAGACCUUGACCAUGUGGGGGACCAGCUCUUUGUUGUCUACAGUCAGAGACCUUGGAAACAGCUGCUCCCAGUCCUCUGUUCUUGUAGCACCCUUGAUCCUGGACCAGGCCCUGGUGAGAUGCAUUCACAAGCACAUCUGCCUUUCCUUUUGUAUCUCAGAUACUAUUUUUGCAAAGAAACUUUGGUGCUGUGAAAGGGGUGAGGGACAUCCCUAAUCUGAAGAGAGAGACUGCUUUACACUUCUUCGGUUCUGCCAUCUUGUUUUCAAAGGGCUCCAGCCUCACUCAGUCCCUAAUUACGGGACUGAGAAAAGCUUGGAAAGAAUCUUGGUUUCAUAUAAAUUCUUGUUGUUAGGCCUUACUAAGAAGUAGGAAAGGGCAUGGGCAAAAGGUAGGGAUAAAAACCACCAGCAUAUACAUGGACAUACACACACACCCACACACAGUUUUCAUGAUGUAUAGUCAGGAAUGUGACUGUAAACUGGAUUUUGGGGCACAGGCAUAAGUCCCCUUCUCCAGGACCUUUCCUAUUUAUAUGGCCCUAUACAAAAUCCACCUGCUUUUAUACGUAACUAUUUUAUCAUCUGUAGCUUCAUCCUAUCUGGAGGCACAGCACAUGAGCCCUGGACAGGUCCCAAAGUUCCAAGCAGUCCUUUCCUUAAAAGCAGGGGUUUGCAUGUGCUACCAACACACGAUAUGGGGAAGACCCACCCAGGGAGCAGUUUCAGUGGCGCAACAAAGCACCACUUUUACUGUUGCCUGCUUCUGACCAAGAAGAAGAAGGACCUUAGUAUUUAGCAUAAAAUUCCAGCGUUGGAUGAAUGCAGGUCUAGUUUGGUCUGUGGCUAGUUUAAAUAUGUUUCUAACUACAGAGAACUUCAUAUGUAUACAUAUAUACACAUAUAUAUAUAUGUAUAAAAUUUCACAGGGAUAUGCUUUUUUUUUUCUUUUUUAAAGACUGAAUGUGUUCACCUUUUAGCCUGUAAAUUUAUUUCCAUUUUCCAAAUUCCAGCACACAGAGAUCCCAGCCCCUAUGAGUAGGGUGUUUGUGGACUACCUAAUGGAAUAUUUUGAGGCCUGGAUGAACUUUGCCAUAUGGGUAGAGGUUACAGAGGGGGAUGAUAUUUU